AUGGUGCUGAAACUAUCUCCCGGCCACAGAAUCUGUCUAGUCAAUAACCAGAUAUUCAAGUCUCCAUCUAUCAGUCGGAUGUUGAAAAAGUGCAACUGCUUGUUUGGUCGGACUGGACUUCCUUUUCGUAUCAUAAAAAAGGUUCGCCUCAAUAUGUCUAGUGAGAGGAUGACCAGAAAGAGCAGGUUUGGGAGCUGCAUGCGUCCUUGCACUGACAUUAUGACCCUAUGGCUGCUCUUCGUCCCAGUCACUCUCAGCGCCCAGGACCCAGAAGUCGGGAAGAGAGUUCUGUUGUCUAUGAACUCGGUUCAACGCUCAGUAGCUCGCAUGGACGGCGAUGUGAUCAUUGGGGCUCUCUUCUCCGUGCACCACCAGCCGCCGGCGGAGAAGGUGCCCGAGAGGAAAUGUGGGGAAAUUCGAGAGCAGUAUGGGAUCCAGCGGGUGGAAGCCAUGUUCCACACUCUGGAUAAAAUCAACGCCAACCUCAACCUCCUGCCCAACAUCACCCUGGGUUGCGAGAUCCGAGACUCUUGCUGGCACUCGUCGGUUGCCCUCGAACAAAGUAUUGAGUUUAUUCGAGACUCCCUCAUCUCGAUGAGGAACGAGAGGGAUGGACUGACCCAAUGUCUCGAAGGUCCUGGGUCAGAGGCCAAGACCCCCAUAGCUGGGGUCAUUGGGCCAGGCUCCAGUUCUGUGGCUAUCCAGGUACAGAACCUUCUGCAGCUCUUCAACAUCCCCCAGAUUGCCUACUCCGCCACUAGCAUCGACCUGAGUGACAAGACACUAUUCCAAUACUUCCUCCGGGUUGUUCCUUCAGAUACCCUCCAAGCCAGGGCCAUGUUGGAUAUUGUACAGAGGUACAACUGGACCUAUGUGUCUGCUAUACACACUGAAGGAAACUACGGAGAGAGCGGAAUGGAGGCUUUCAAGGAGUUAGCUGCACAGGAGGGACUAUGCAUUGCACAUUCAGGUAAAAUCUACAGCAAUGCCGGGGAGAAAACCUUUGACAGACUGCUGAGAAAAUUAAGGGAAAGGCUGCCUAAAGCGAGAGUUGUUGUCUGCUUCUGUGAGGGGAUGACGGUGAGAGGCCUGCUUAUGGCAAUGAGAAGACUUGGGGUCCUGGGAGAGUUUCUACUGAUUGGCAGUGACGGCUGGGCGGACCGCGAGGAAGUGAUUGAAGCCUAUGAGCAAGAGGCGGUGGGAGGCAUCACAAUCAAGCUGCAGUCCGCUGAGGUCACCUGGUUCGAUGACUACUACCUGAAGCUGAAGCUGGACAGCAACACCCGCAACCCGUGGUUCCCCGAGUUCUGGCAGCACCGCUUCCAGUGCCGUUUGGAAGGGCAUCCUCAGGAGAACCAAGCUUUUAAAAGGCUCUGCACAGGGAAUGAAAGCUUAGCAGAAAAUUACGUGCAAGACAGCAAGAUGGGUUUCAUCAUUAAUGCCAUUUAUGCCAUGGCCCAUGGGUUGCAUGACAUGCACAAAGCUCUCUGUCCAGGUCAUUCGGGACUAUGUGAAGCAAUGAAGCCCGUUGAUGGUAACAAAUUGCUGCAGUUUCUAAUAAAGACUUCAUUCAUUGGAGUUUCUGGUGAGGAAGUGUGGUUUGAUGAGAAUGGAGAUUCUCCAGCAAGGUAUGACAUUAUGAAUCUCCAAGUUACAGAGAAUGGUAUAUAUGACUAUGUUAACAUUGGGACGUGGUAUGAAGGAUGGCUGGACAUAGACGACAACAAGCUUCAGAUGAACAUGACCAAGAUGGUGCGUUCUGUCUGUAGCGAGCCCUGCAUCAGAGGACAGAUCAAGGUUAUUCGGAAGGGCGAGGUGAGCUGCUGUUGGAUCUGCACAAAUUGCAAAGAGAAUGAGUACAUGCAGGAUGAGUUCACGUGCAGGGCCUGUGAGCUAGGCUGGUGGCCGAAUGAUGACCUCACAGGUUGUAAGAGAAUUGACGUGAAGCACUUGAGGUGGAGUGAUGUGGAGUCUGCUAUUGCUGUGGUGUUCUCCUGUUUAGGGAUCCUUGCCACCAUGUUUGUCACUCUUAUCUUCGUGCUGUACAGGGAUACGCCAGUGGUCAAGUCCUCCAGCCGCGAGCUCUGCUACAUCAUCCUGGCUGGCAUCUUCCUGGGCUACAUCUGUCCGUUCACGUUGCUGGCCAAGCCCACCAUAGCCUCCUGCUACUUCCAGAGGAUCCUGGUUGGGCUUGCUGCCGCCAUGUGUUACUCUGCCUUGGUGACCAAAACUAAUCGCAUCGCCAGGAUCCUGGCUGGCAGCAAGAAGAAGAUCUGCACCCGCAAGCCCAGGUUCAUGAGUGCCUGGGCCCAGUUGGUGAUCGCUUUCAUCUUGAUCAGUGUUCAGAUGACCAUAGUGGUCACACUGCUGAUCCUGGAGCCCCCUACGCCCGUCCUCUCCUAUCCGAGCAUCGAUGAAGUCUUCUUAAUCUGCAACACAAGCAACCUGGGUGUAGUAGCCCCUCUAGGGUACAACGGGCUUCUCAUCAUGAGCUGUACCUACUAUGCCUUCAAGACCAGGAACGUUCCCGCAAAUUUUAAUGAAGCCAAAUACAUAGCCUUCACCAUGUACACAACAUGUAUUAUAUGGCUGGCCUUCGUCCCCAUCUACUUUGGCAGCAACUACAAGAUUAUCACGACCAGUUUCUCGGUUAGCUUAAGUGUGACUGUGGCCCUGGGCUGUAUGUUCACCCCGAAGAUCUACAUCAUCAUCGCCAAGCCGGAGCGCAAUGUUCGUAGCGCCUUCACGACCUCAGAUGUCGUGCGCAUGCAUGUAGGUGAUGGAAAAGCUGCCUGCAGGUCUAACAGCCUGCUCGACAUGUUUAAGAGGAAAAAAACUGUGGCUGGCAAUGCAAGUUCCAAUGGGAAGUCUGUGUCAUGGUCUGAACCAGGAACCGGACGGCCAGCGAAGGGACAACACAUGUGGCAUAGACUGUCCGUCCAUGUGAAGAGCAAAGAUGUUGCAUCUAAUCAGACAGCUGUAAUCAAACCCCUGACUAAACCAUAUCAGAAUCAGAUUAAAAACCUCAGCUUCUCAGACACCAGCACAAAAGCCCUUUACAAUGUUGUGGAAGAGGAUGAAAGUGAUCCCUUGAGACUCGACAUUCCCAAUAGUCCAGAGAUGAUGUUGCAGAGACGAGCAAUGUCUAUCACGCAGCUUAAGGAAGUAGAAGAUCCCCAAUUUUUCAUUUCUGAUCAGUUGCAAAAAGGUGUUUCUUCACAGCAGUCUUUAAUGGAUCACUUGCACGGAGUGGUCAAUACAUUUACAACCAACAUGACUGACCUUAAUUCAGUGCUUACUGUACCAGUGCCAGGGAAUGGGGUGAAGUCACUGUACCAGUUGGAUCAACAGGUGCUCCCGCUCCAGAUGACGACCUUCAAUCCUCAGCCCAUCUCGCCUGUUGAGGAGGAAAGCGAAAGAUUCAGCCUCAUUGGUGACUUCAUGUAUGACAACACCGAGAACCAGGAGGAACUGCCCGUCCCCAACAAACUCACGUUGGAGGACUCUCCGGCGCUGACACCUCCCUCCCCCUUCCGAGAUUCGGUGGCAUCAGGCAGCUCCGUCCCCAGCUCCCCCAUCUCUGAAUCAGUGCUGUGCACCCCGCCCAAUGUAACCUAUGCUUCGGUCAUUCUGAGAGACUACAAACAAACUUCCUCAACUCUGUGA